AUGGCGGAAAGUGAACCAGUAUACAAAUUUGGGUCCCCUCAGGAACAUCUCCCUACGUGCGACAAACAUACUGAACUUAUUGAUAUGGUCUGUGAGGACUGUGAUGAAUUCGUUUGUACUGAUUGUGUCAAAACAGACCACAAAGAUCACAACUGGGUCACAUUAGUCAAGGCGGCCAGUCACAGGAGGAGACAACUCCUUGGAUUCAUAAAGACCAUCAAAGACGGGAAAUUAUCGGACAUUGACAGAAAGAUAGAAAACACAUCCACAAAGAUGAAAGAAAUUGAAAAACAAAGCGACUUCGAGAUGGAAAAGCUACGGAAGCAUUUUGAUGACAUCAUAGCGAGACUUACAGAAAUUAAAACACACCAUGAAAAGACUCUGAGAGACAAUCUCAUUGAAAGAUGUGAACAGGUGAAUCGUUUGAAAGCUCAAUACGGGGAACAGAAAAGGAAUUUUGUUGAGUCGGUAAAAUUCAUGGAGGAGAACAAUAGCAUGAUGUCUGAUUAUAAUUUCAUUGGUAAUCACAGAGAACUGUUAAAACUGGUGUCUGGUGAGGACGAUGAUACGACGAUCGGUGAAUAUUCAUUGAGAUACACAAGUAGAGAUCUCCGUGGUGAUGAACUGGAUUCCCUGAUGGGACAAACAUUUGAUUUAGAAGACAUUAGUGUUACUGAAGCAAACUCAUUUCAAUAUAGUGAUGCUGCUGUACAUAAUUUGGAAGCGUUAAAUGAGAAUGAAUGUUAUGCUAAAUUCUUUAAAUCAGAAUACUUUGAACAUAUCAACAAACAAAGUGAUAAGAAACAAAAAUACGAUGUAAGUGUGGAAGAUUUCAGUGUGGCAGAUACCGGUGAUGUUUAUUUCACUGACAAUAGGAAUAAAGCCAUUGGCCGUCUGUCUCCGUCCGGAUCCAUCUCUACAGUAGUCAGUACACGUCCACUGGUACCAGGAGGAAUCUGUCAGUCAAUGGACGGUGGUCUUCUGGUCACUUUGGGAGAUACUGAAUCAAAUUCAUAUAUGAUAGAUUCCCGCAGCAGACGUUUGGUCAGACACAUGAUGUUGACCGGUGACGUCAUUCGCGAGUACGAGUACCGGGAAGACGGUCAGACCAGACUGUUUACUGAACCAGGCAAAGUCAAGCAGAACGGUAACUCUGACAUCUGUGUUGUGAAUCGGGUAUCUGAUACAACGGGUAACGUGGUGACUUUGUCAUCGUCUGGUCGUCUGAGGUUUGUCUAUCACGGACAGAACCUGGAUAAGGAUUUUAUUCCAUCUGAUGUGGUGUGUGACUUCCGAUGUAACAUCCUUGUUGCUGACUACUACAAUCAUCGAAUCCAUCUGCUGAGUCCUGACGGGGAGUUUAUGAAAUUUUUAAUGAGUGAGAGUAACAUUUACGGCCCAACCGCGUUGUCCCUGUAUAGGUCUAUCCUGUGGGUGGGGGAAUUUAAUGGCAGAGUAAACGUAAUCCAGUUAUAA